AUGAGCGACCCUAAACAGAGAAUCAUCUCCCACAUGAACAAAGACCACCAAUUGGCCCUCGUGGACUACGUUGUCAUUUACGGCAAUGUUCCAUUGGCGUCGUUUGUGCCAUCCUCGGUCCAAAUCUCCGACGUGAACGAAUCUCAGUUGGACAUUUUGUACCAAAAGAUCGACGGCGAGAAGAAAACAUUGUCAAUUGUGUGGAACCACGCCGUCGAGAGAGAAGGAGUGGCUGUGCAUUCGCUUCUGGACGUCAAGGGCAAGUUGGUUGCCAUGGCCAAAUACGCUGCCGAUAAACAGGGCUACUCGCAUGUUCAAAUCAAAACCGUGGCGUACCCAAGAAAACCGUUGGAGAUUGGGUUGUACGUGUUUGGUGCCGCCAUCUUGACUACGUUGUACGACAAGCACUUGCUUAGAAGAUUGGCCGCCAACGACCGUCUCUUUUCUGCCGUGGCAAGCUAUCUUCCAUUCCUUGGCAAGGUGCACACUGUGUUUGAAAACCACGUGAAAACCAUUGCCAUUGCUAUGUACGGCAUCCACAUUGUGGAAAUCUUCACUUGGACGUUGCCCUUGGCCCGUAAGUACAGAAUCCCAUUCCCACAACGCUUGGGCUGGGCCGCCAUGAACUUUGUGGAAGGUUUCAUGGUUCCACGCCGCUUGAAGUCUUUGGUUGCUUAG